UCGCUCUGACACACACACACACAUGCACACACACAAGCGAGUGUGCGCACACACACACACACACACGCACAUACACACCCUCCUCCCCCACCGCUGCAGUGUCUCUUAACUGCCUUGGAGCUAGCGGCAGAGGAAACGGCACACAGACAAUAAUACAAGGAAGGGAGCCAGAGAAAUACAGAAGGCAGAGAAGAAGGAAGAAAAACGGAGGGAGAAAGUGACCAAGACCGAGAGAGAAGAGGAGAGAGGGGAGAAAUAGAGGGAUAGAGAGAAGGCGAGAGAGAGGCGGCGUGCUCUGAGGAGGAGAGAUAGGGCUGGGGGGAAAAUAAGAGGAUGUUGGAGGAUUGGGACUAAGGACGGCACACUCCCUCUCCCUGCCUCACUAUGAGUGUUUGUCUGCAGUGCCAGUUCUGAAUGGAAGUCAUACAGUGAAACGGCUCACAGUAAUGAAUAAAAGCCGCUGUUUCUGGUCCCUCCAUCAGACCGCGUCAGGAAAGCCAAAGCGUGCCUUUCGCAACCCCAACAAGUCUAACGCUCCACACAAGGCCAGUCUGGUCUUUGUCAUUGCCUCUCCGCACAGGUCAGAGGAAUUGGUGCCAGAUUCAACCGGGCUCUAAUGAGAGACAAAAUAGAAACCAUUGAGAGCACACACACCACAGCACGGCUCCGUUACAGAAAGAGAAAACAGCAGCACCUUUAAUAAAAAAAAAACACAUCGGUUCCGACUAAGCUCAAGACAGCCAGCUGCAGGACUGCAAGAUAAAGAGAGAAGAGGAGGCAAGACAAAGAAAGAGUGACAAAGAAGAAAGAAAGAAGGAAAGAGAGAGAGACGAGAGAGGGAAGGAGGUGGAUGUAUGCAGUGUGCAGAGGACAGCGAGGCAGCGGGGAGGCCAUGAGGUCCAGGAGUCAGGGGGCUUUGCCAUCUCCGAGCGCCGUUCCCCAGCACCGCCGGCACCACUGACCGCGUGGUGGUGCAACCUCCCCCUCCACCCUCCCACCCUUCACCACACCCCAGCGCCCAGGCACACACCUCUCCUCCCUCCACCUUUGCCUCACCUCGUCCUGGGGAGAGAGCCUGCUAUGAUCCCCUCCUUCCAAGGGCCUGGUUGUCCAGCCUGAACGUCGGGGCCUGCUGGGUCCAAUGGUCAUGCCCUGGUAGAGUGGCGGUAAAAAAAAUCUGAGAAAGGUGCUCUUUUGCUGCAACAAAGGGCCAUCAGCGCUCCGUACGUGAAGGAUGCUGAAAACUUGAUUCUACUUGAUUCAGUGGACCCUUCUUUGUGCUGCAUAAGUCUUCCUAGUCUUACUAAGGAUUAGGGGGUCAAAUAUUACAUUGGAUAUCAGAUAUCACUGAUUACUUCCGUGACAUUUGAAUCAACUCUCUCACCUCCCCACCCCCACACCCCACUUAUUUUUUUGGUGAUUCCAGACACUUUCUUAGGCACCGUCCUUAACCGACAGGAAACAUUCUCUCUCAAUCGUUUAACACCCUGCGGAGGAUCAUGGGAUGCAGGCAGAGCUCUGAGGAGAAGGAGGCGGCGCGGCGGUCCCGUCGCAUCGACCGCCACUUGCGCUCGGAGAGCCAGCGGCAGCGGCGUGAGAUCAAGCUCCUCCUCCUGGGGACCAGCAACUCGGGCAAGAGCACCAUCGUCAAGCAGAUGAAGAUCAUCCACAGCGGCGGCUUCAACCUGGAGGCGUGCAAGGAGUACAAGCCCCUCAUCCUCUACAACGCCAUCGACUCGCUCACGCGCAUCAUCCGCGCGCUCGCCACCCUCAAAAUCGACUUCCACAACCCGGACCGGGCGUACGACGCCGUGCAGCUCUUCGCGCUGACGGGCCCCGCCGAGAGCAAAGGGGAGAUCACGCUCGAGCUGCAGGGAGUCAUGAAGCGCCUGUGGGCCGACUCGGGCGUGCAGGAGUGUUUCCAGCGCUCCAACGAGUACCACCUGGAGGACAACACUGCCUACUACCUGAAUGACCUGGACCGCAUCUCGGCGGCCGAGUACAUCCCCACGGUGGAGGACAUCCUGCGCUCACGUGACAUGACCACUGGCAUCGUGGAGAACAAGUUCACCUUCAAGGAGCUCACCUUCAAGAUGGUGGACGUGGGUGGGCAACGCUCGGAGCGGAAGAAGUGGAUCCACUGCUUUGAGGGCGUCACCGCCAUCAUCUUCUGCGUGGAGCUCAGUGGCUACGAUCUCAAGCUUUACGAGGACAACCAGACGAGUCGCAUGGCGGAGAGCUUGCGCCUCUUCGACUCGAUCUGUAACAACAACUGGUUCACCAACACCUCGCUCAUCCUCUUCCUCAACAAGAAGGACCUGCUGGCCGAGAAGAUCAAGCGCAUCCCGCUGACCGUCUGCUUCGCCGACUACAAGGGCCAGAACACCUACGAGGAGGCAGCCGUGUACGUGCAGCGCCAGUUCGAGGACCUCAACCGCAACAAAGAGACCAAGGAGAUCUACUCGCACUUCACCUGCGCCACCGACACCAGCAACAUCCAGUUUGUGUUCGACGCCGUCACGGACGUCAUCAUCCAGAACAAUCUUAAGUAUAUCGGCCUCUGCUAGGACUUGGGGACUUCU